AUGGCCACACCACUGUUCAUCGCGGAACUUAGAGUGCUGCUACAGCAGCUCAAUAGCAAUAUCAGCAAUGUUCAGAAAAAGUGUAUUAACACCUACGCGGCCCAAGGGGUGCUGCAGGACAUACAGAAACUCCUCAAGAAUGAGGAUAUACGCGAAAAACGCGAACCUGACGCGAGCACGACGCGUCAAGAGCAACCCUACAGCACGCGCCCAAGGGCCACACAGUCCGAAGGGGAGAAAAAGAAAGCAGGUAGCGCUAUAGGGGAAUCGGCUGGGGCGAAGCGAAAUACAAAUAACGAGUCAGGACUUCAGCAAAACCAAUGGAGCACAGUCGCACGAAAGGCAAACAGGGAAAAGCCGGGAAAUGUACAGAUCCAAGCCACUCCAGUAAAGCGAAAAGAGAAGCAACAACCAAACACCCAACAGAAGCCAAGAAUGGAGGAACCGCCGAUCAAGUACACGAUCACGAAGGAGUCGGAGUGGAAGCCCAGACUGGACAUGUCACCGGCGGAGCUGGUCAAGGAAAUCGAGACCAAGGUCGGACAACCCAUAGCCAAGAGGAUUAUGGCUAUCCGCAUAUACCAAGGAGGAGACAUGAAAGUCUUCCCCCAAGCAGAAAUGGGGCCGGAGCUGAGGAAAGGGGAUGAGUGGGCGAAGAAGUGGCUCAACUCAGCCAGGCCCGCCACAAGGCAGUAUGAGUUAGUGGUCUCCAGAGUACCAACGGGCCUAACUGCAGAACAGACAGCAGAAAUAUUAGAGGAACAAAAUGACCUCCGAUAUAAAGGGCUGGAGCUCUGGAAAGCAAGCUGGCUCGGCAACCCGGUGGGCAAGCGAACGUUACCCCUAAGAGUGAUAGUCUCGGACAUAGAGACUGCGAACAGGCUAAUUGUCAACGGUUUAGUACUGAAUUACAAUGUCUGCACGGUAUCGAAAUUCAGCAGAGGAAGGAGAAGAGGAGGAUCUUCACCUAUAUUCAAGACGAGCCUGUCGAAGACGGGGGAAGGCACGAGCGAGAGCACGAUUACCCCAGAGAACCCAAGAGAUCUGGUGUUAUUCUCACACAUUGGACACACCGCUGAGGAUGUCAGAGGGAGAAAAAGACAGGCCUCGGAGAGCACCCUCGAACGGGACCAAGAGAGGGGGAGAAGAGGCAGGCCUACAAGGGCCUCAGAGUUUGCGAGAGAGUUACCCAAGGGUAGCAACCCCUUUGAGAUAUCUAAAGGACAAGAAAAUACCCAAUUAUCCCAAAGGAUGGAGAUCGACCUCGAUAACUAA